AUGGCUAACGGGAACAUAGCUAGUACAGACAAGGACCGGGCUGAGGCGCUGAUGGACUACUUUAAAAGUGUCUAUCGUUCAUCCCCGGAUGAUGGAGUUAGGAACCACAUGGUGGAUACCAUUGGAAAUGAAAUGCGGGUGUUAAUCGUGAGUAAGGAGGAGGUACGAACCGAGCUCACAAGCCUGUGCAAGCAUAAGGCGGCGGGUCCGGAUGAGAUCCAUCCAGCUAUUGUCCAGCCACUGGCUGAGGUCAUACUAGGACCUGUCACUGACUUAUUUAAGGUCUCACUGACAGCCGGGGUAGUGCCAGAGGACUGGCGGAAGGCAACCGUGGUAGCAAUUAACAAGACGGGGUCUAGACAGAAGGCGGAAAACUACAGGCCGGUGAGUUUAACGUCAGUGCUGCGCAAGUGCCUUGAACGGAUAGUCAGAAAUCAAAUAUGUGCGCACCUGGUAACCCAUGGACUUCUCUCCCUGCAUAGCACGGGUUUACCAGGAAUAAGUCGUGUCUAA